AUGGGUGUCCGGUCAUUUGUCAAGCAGUCGGCGCUGCUCGCCCUUGCGGUUGGAGGCAGCCAUGGCAUCCGGAUUAUUCAGUCCAAUGACGACGGCUGGGCCGAACUGAAUAUUCGCCAGUUCCACGAUAUGCUCAUCAACGCUGGUCACGAAGCCGUUGUCUCGGCGCCGGCUGAGAACAUGUCCGGUAAAGGCUCCAGCGACGAAGACCCAAAGCCUCGCACCGACGCCUGCGAAUACGACAGCUGCGCAGCGGGGACCAACGCUACCUUCGCCAGCAACGCGACAGACCCGACGCUCAACUGGGUCAACUCGUUCCCGGCGACGUCGAUGCGCCUCGGCCUCAGCACCAUCGGCCCGGGCGUGUGGGGCGACGGCCAGGAGGCCGAGCUGGCCGUCACCGGACCCAACGUGGGCUCCAACCUGUGGGCGCAGGUGCCCUUCUCCGGCACCAUCGGCUCCGCCUGCUACGCGGCACACGAGGCGGGCGUCCCCGCCAUCGCCUUCAGCGGGCUGAGCAACUCGAGCCUGGGGCUCCUGGGCGGCAACGCGGCCUGGAACGCGGACCCGGCGCCCGAGAGCAGCGCCGUCUUCGCGGAGCUGGCGCUCAACCUGACCUCGCGCAUCGUCGAGUCGGGCGCGCCGUACCUGCCCAACGACACGUACCUCAACGUCAACAUGGCCGCGCCCGUCGGGGAGUGCGCCGACCCGGCCGCGUACCAGUGGGUGCUGACGCGCAUCAACCCCAGCACGCCGCUCAUCUCGUCCGACGACGUGCAGCUGUGCGGGCGGGACAAGCUCCCGCAGGAGACGGAGGUCGUGCACUCCUCGGGCGGGUGCUAUGUCAGCGUCAGCGUUGGGGACUGCAGCGACAAGACCACUGCGGCGGCGGAUGUGCAGCAGGCCAUUGUGGACAAGAUCGGGGACAUGUUGACGUGCUUUCCGGCUUAG